AUGUCUGAUGCACCGGCCAGCACGGCCUCAUCCCUGGACCAAACGGCAGACGGCCGCCUCGCCGUGGUAUCUACUUGGCUUGACGACGAGAGGAGGAUGGCCCAUGAGGCCGAGGAUGCUGACCGGCGCUGGAGGGAUACUGUCGAAGAGAACCGACGCAUCCGGGACCAGCUUGGUACCGCCCAGAGGGAGGCCUCGGCCUGGCGCCGCGCGGCAGAGGAUGCGAGCUUGAGGUGCAGCACACUGGAGGUCCGGGCGGACGAGGCCGACCGGUUUGCGCUGCGGUGCGGCCAGCUCCUCGAGCAGGCCGCCGACGGCGACGGCGCUCGCGAGGAGGAGCUGCGGCGUGCGCGAGACGACGCGAGGGACGCCCUGGACCGGGCUGCCAAGGCCGAGGAGGAGCGGCGCGUGCUGGGAAGGAGGGCCCAGCUGCUGACCGCCAAGGUGGCGGAGGCGGAUGCGACGUCGGCUUUGCUGCGGGAGCGGCUGCGCCGCGCGAAGGAGAGUUACGAGGAGAGCCUAGCGCAGGCCGCCCGGGACAUUGACAUGAGGACGGAAGAGCUAAACAGCAUCCAGGACAGGUUGGACGAGGUGGCCGCCGAGAAGGCAAGGAUAGAAAGGCAGGCGUCAAGGUAA